AUGGCGACGUCAACCACGCCCCCGACCGUCGAUGCGCCGGACGAACCGCAGAGCGAGGGCUCCAAGCUGCGGACGUUUCUGGGCAUCCUGAAAAAGUUCAUCGGCGUCACCGACCUCGCCGCCGUGCGCUUUUCGCUCCCCUCGCAGCUGCUGGAGCCGACCCCCAACCUCGAGUACUGGACCUACCUCGACGCCCCCAACGCCUUUGUCGCCAUCGGCACCUCGGACGAGCCGCUAGACCGCAUGCUCGAGGUGGUGCGCUUCUGGCUCACAAAGGACCUCAAGUACGCCAAGGGCAAGCCGUGCAAGCCCUACAACUCGUGCCUGGGCGAGUUUUUCAGGUGUAACUGGGAGACCGAGGACAAUGCGCCGAGGAUCGAUACCAAGGAGCUGAAGAGCGACAAGACCAACGGCAAUGCCAGUGCCUCGUCCAGUUUGAAGAGCGGCGUGUCCGGCCUCAAGGCCGCCGUCAAGGAUGACAAGAAUGCGUCGUCCGUCUCGCUGUCGGUUCCUCAACACGGCAAGCCCGCCGACGCCCACCUCGUCCGCGUCUCGUACCUCACCGAGCAGACGUCGCAUCACCCUCCCGUCAGCGCCUUCCACGUCACGUGUCCGGAAAAGGGCAUCACGGCGCGCGGCUUCGACCAGAUCACGGCAAAGUUCACCGGCACGUCGGUCAAGGUGCUGCCGGGCGAGCACAACAUGGGCAUCUUCAUCACGCUCGACAAGCGCGACGGCGAGACGUACCAGCUGACGCACCCGGCGGCGCACCUGGGCGGGCUCCUGAGGGGCAGCCUCAGCGUGUCGGUCAGCGAGAUGGCCUACUUUACGUGCCCCCAGACCAAGAUCAAGGCCAUCCUGCACUACGUCGAGGAGGGCUGGCUCGGCCGCACCACGAACAAGAUUGACGGCGUCAUCUUCCGCUACGACCCGGAGAACGACAACAAGUCGAGGGUCCAGGACGUGCCCGAAGAGGACGUCUUGGCUCGUCUGAGCGGCCCCUGGAGGGAGAGGGUGGUCUUUACCCUCGGCCCGCGGCCUGUGAAAACUGUCCCUGCCGAAGAGCAGUACACCAUCAUCGACAUUGGGCCGCUCAGCGUCGCGCCCAAGAUUGUGCCGCCCGAGGACCAGCAGCGGCCCAACGAGUCGCUCACGCUCUGGGGCGGCGUCACGCGGGCCAUCCACGCCAAGCAGUUCUCCAAGGCGACGGAGCUCAAGGUCGAGCUCGAGGAGAAGCAGCGCGAAAAGGCCCGCCAGCGCGAGAAGUCGGGCGAGGAGUGGAAGCCCGUCUUCUUCGAGCACGUCGUCGGCAACGGCGGCAAGCCCGGCCUCACGGAGGAGGGCCGGCGGGUCCUCGAGCUCGCGCAAAAGGGCGAGUGGGCCAUGGACGGCGUCGUGCAGAACGGCACCACCGCGGAAUGA